AUGGCUCGCAAUCGGUUGAUGCUAAUGGGCUUGCUCGCCUGGGCAGCCCUCACUUCAGCUGCACCAAGACCGCAAAACGCCGAAGCUGACUAUGUCCUCGUUGGCGCAGGUCCUGCAGGCCUUGUGCUUGCUGAAUACCUGACGCGGAACCCCAGGAUUCAUGUUGUUCUCUUGGAAGCAGGGCCGGACACGAGCACCGACCCCAUGGUCACCACCCCUGGUGAAUUCUUCGCCGUACCGCAAAUGUGGCCCUACUUCUCCCAGCCCGACCCCGGUCUUAACGGUGAAUCACCCAACUUAGCCCAGGGGAAGUGCUUGGGCGGCGGAACUGGCGUCAAUGCUAUGUUUUACUGCCGUGGCUCCGCCUCCAUCUAUGACGAGUGGGCAGAGAUCUCUGGAAACGACGGCCUGAGAUGGGACUCGAUGCUCGAGUCGUUCAGGGCAACCACGCACUGGACAGAUGAACCCUCGAUCGAAUACGAGCAACCAAUCAAUACCACUUCGUUCGGCAAUGGUCCCGUGGAAAUCUCCCGCCAACGUGAGCUGCUCACGGUCGACCAACCCUUUGCCGAUAAACUUGUAUCGGACUUCAACCUCCCAGAGAUCGACUUUGCUUCCGGCGGUGGCAUUGGUGUCACUCAAGGUCUGGAGUCGAUCCGUGCCUCCAAUCGCACUCGAUCCUAUGCCUAUAACACCUAUGGCUACCUCGCGAACAACCGACCCAACUUCGAGCUGCAUCACGACGCCUGGGCCUCCAAAAUCGGCUUCACUAACAACAAGGCCGAUAGUGUCACCUACAACGACACCCUGACCGGCACGAUGCACACCAUCCGCGCCAAAGAAAUUGUCGUCACGGCUGGCGCCAUCAACAGCCCGCAGCUGCUCAUGCUCUCAGGUGUGGGCCCCGCAGACCGUCUCCGAGAACUCGACAUCCCUGUUGUGCAGGACAUUCCCCAAGUCGGCCAGAACCUCUACGACCACCAUUAUGCCGUUCUGGAAUACGCAGCCACCCCUGAAGUAGACACCGUCUGGCAAUGGCGUGCCAAUGCGACUAGGGCCACCAUCGAACGCGAGCGCUACGAGCGCGACGGCAGCGGCAUGUUGGGCACGGUUGGCGGCGACGUCUUCGGCGCGCUGCGCAUCCCGGACGCGGUGUUCGAGGGCACGGGCAGCUUUCACACAAGCCUGCCCGCCGAUCGCCCGCAUGUGGCCUACGAGUACAUCACGGUACCCGCCCUCCCCACUUUGCCCAACGUCAGCAUUAUCACCACGUUUGCGGCCGUCGUGCAGCCCGAGGGCAAGGGCUACUUGACGCUCGCGUCCGCCGACUACCGCGACGCGCCUCUCAUCUACUCCAACUACUGGGCCAGCCAGGCCGACAGGGCAGCCAUGCUGUACGGGUACAAGGAGCUGCGCGGCCUCAUGCAGUCGGACGAGCUAAGGGGUUUUGUCACCGCUGAGCUGUUCCCUGGUCCCAACGUUACCAGCGACGAUGCCAUUUGGGCGGCGAUCCAACAGGGCUCACAGAGCUUUCACCAUCCUGGUGGCACAACGGCGCUGGGCACGGUGUUGGACGCGAACUGGAGAGUUAAGGGGACGAGGGGGCUACGAGUCGUGGGCAUGAGCGCCGCGCCCAUAAUUCCGACAUGUGCGACACAGGCAGCGGCGUAUGCGAUUGGGCAUCGCGCCGCGUUGGAUAUUGCGGCCGCGGAUCACGUCUAA